AUGUUUUUCACAUUUACUUCAUCACAUCACCUCAUCCCUCCCCUCCACCUCCUCAUCUUUACCAUCUCCCAGCUACAGCCCGUCUCCAGCCAAUCCACAGUAACCAUAACCCUCGCCCCCGCGAUCCCCAGCACCGCGCCCUCCUUCGUCGACCCCGCCGCCUUCACCAGCGCCAUCCUCAACAGCACCAACGUCUACCGUUCCGCGUACAACGCCUCCUCCGUGCGCUGGAACAGCACCCUCGAGGACUUUGCCUCCUCCUACCUCGCCGCCAACGCCUCCUCCGACUCCGACUCUGAUGAUGAUGAUGGGGGCAGUGGAAACAACCUAGAAAAAUGCACAAUGCAGCACUCGGGCGGCCCCUACGGCGAGAACCUCGCCCUCGGCUGCUCGACCGCCGGCUCCUGCGUCGACAUGUGGGCCGCCGAGGCCCCGCUGUACGACUACGCCGCCGCGCAGUUCACGCACGACUCCGGCCACUUCACGCAGCUUGUCUGGCGCGACACGACGGAUGUCGGGUGUGCGGCGCAUCUGUGUCCGGGGAACUACGGGUGGUAUCUUGCGUGCGAGUACUGGCCUCGAGGGAACAUUGUGGGGGCUUUUGGGGAGGAGGUGGGGGAGCCGGUUGAGGGGGCAGAGGGGGUGGUGGAUGGGAGUGGGAAUGUGGGGGGCAUGGGUGCGGGUGCGGGUGUCGAGAGGAGGAGCUGGAGGACGAGCUUGGGGGUCGUGGGUGUGGCGGCGGGGGUUGUGGGUUGGGGGAUGGUGUGAGAGAAGGUGUUGAGGACCUCGGGUAGGUAUUAGGUGGCAUUGACAACGACGAAACGAUAUUGUAUGAUGCACUGUAUGAAAUCUGUAUUUAUAUUAUUACAUACCUACAUCUUGACAUUUGGACAAAACAACAUAGGAAGGAAGGGAUACAACGGGAUGGUAGAAACUGUGUAUUCAGGGUGCAAAGGGCAAAACAGGGGGCACGGCGUCAAUCGAUCACUUUUGGCUCUUUAGGAAUUAUACUCAUUAUUAGUCAUUUAUUCUAUCCGAAUACAUACAUCA